UUUCUCAUUUCAGGUCGUUUGUUACGGUGUGUCAGAUGCCCGACAGCGUUCCAUGUCGGCGACUUUUGUAUAUCUGCGGGGAGUAUUAAUUUGACUGGAUUUAACAUAGUGUGUGCUAAACAUUUUCAACCUAUACCCUCAAUGAAGCAUCACUCACAUGUCAACGUUAGUUGGUGUUUUAGCUGUAAUAAAGGUGGCACAUUGCUGUGUUGUGAGAGUUGUCCAGCAGCGUAUCAUGCAGAAUGUCUCAAUAUAGAUUUCCCAACAGGGAGCUGGUACUGCCAGGAUUGUGUGAAAGGGAAGCGUCCCCUGUAUGGAGAAAUUAUAUGGGUCAAGCUCGGCAAUUACAGAUGGUGGCCGGGAGAGGUGUGUCAUCCACGUAAUGUACCUCUAAACAUACAGGAGAAAGCUCACCAGGUCGGGGAAUUCCCCGUACAUUUUCUAGGAUCUCAUGAAUUUUUCUGGUUACAUCAGGGAAGAGUGUUUUCAUUCCAAGAUGGUGAUAAAGGCAAUGGUGGAUCAUCGUCUAAUAAAGGUCUAGCUAAACAUUUUGCAAAAGGUUUAAAGGAGGCUGCAGAAGCAUUUAAAGUAUGGAAAGAAUUCAGGGAGAAUAAAGAGCAGCUAGAACUUGCCAAGGAGAGCAAAAAACCUGCCCCAUUUAAAAUGGUUAAGACAAAUGUGCCAUUGGGAAGUGUCGUCAUCAAGAAAGCUGAUCUCUCCGAGUUACCAAGGUGUGAUUGUAAAGCUGACCAAGAAAAUCCAUGUGGGCGUGAUUCCGAGUGCCUCAACGCCAUGAUGAUGUACGAGUGUCAUCCAGCACUGUGUCCUGCCGGUGAUAACUGUCAGAACCAGUUCUUCACAAAGCGGUUAUAUCCAUCACAGCAGCCGUACAAGACAGAGGGCCGUGGAUGGGGAUUAAAGGCGACUGUUGAUAUAAAAAAAGGUCAGUUUGUGAACGAGUAUGUUGGCGACCUGAUUGAUGAGGAAGAAUGUAAGAGACGUUUAGAAAAGGCUCAUGAGGAUGAUAUUCACAAUUUCUACAUGAUGACACUUGAUAUGGACAGGAUAAUUGAUGCGGGCCCAAAGGGGGUAACUGUAAAGGGUUUUAUGAACCCACAGUUCCCGAUCCUAACCUUGGACCCCCGGGAAUUUGGAAGGGUUAACGGGGGAUUUAGAGUCGGUGAUGAGUUGACUUUCAAUUACAACUUUGAUUGCCUUGGUAACGAACAGACUAAGUGUGGGUGUGGCUCAGAAAACUGCAGUGGCUAUCUUGGUGUCAGACCUAAAUCUCAACAUGCUGCCAUGGCUGAAUUGAAGAGAAAGGAGACUAAGAAGGGAGAUAAGCAGAAGAAAAAGAAGAAACCGGUGGUUAAAAGGAAACAUGAUGACGAUUGUUUCCGGUGUGGCGAGGGCGGGGAAUUGGUACUGUGUGACAGAACUAGCUGCCCUAAGAGCUAUCAUCUCAGAUGUCUCAACCUCUGCAAACCUCCACAUGGAAAGUUUUGGGACUGUCCAUGGCACCAUUGUGAUGAAUGCGGUAAACCGGCUACCAAGAAAUGCGUCGAGUGCCCUAACUCGUUCUGUAGCACUCAUGCUGAUGAUACGAAGGUGCGAUUUUUUGAUAAUAAAGUCUACUGUAUAGAGCAUGAAGAUCUCCUCGACACUCUCGAGGAAUCUCAGUCACAAACUUCUGCCGCAUCAGAUGACAAUGGUGAGCCUGCCGGUGACGCGGAUGCAACUGAAAAGGUAACAAAUGGAAAAGAUAACGAUGCGACAGUAAAAGGGAAGAGUAAAGACGAGACAUUGCCACCGAAGAAACGUGGACCAAAACCUCAGUCAGAAACCACAGACAAACCAACCAAUGGAACAGCAGCAAAAGUUUCGCGUGGAAGGAAAAGUUCGGUGAAAGGGGAACCAGGAACAAAGGGAUCCGUCUCGGACGAUCCAUUAGCUGUUGCGCCAAUGUUUGAUGAUGAUGAGGAGGAAGAAUUCGGACUUGUUAUUGAUAUUCCGAACUUUUGAUGCACAAUGAUCAAGUUUCCAUUAUUUUAAGUUGUCAUGUCUCGUUUGAUUAUUUACAUUAAAAUUCAUUUAUUCAUUGGGGGGUAUUUUUAAUGUUGCUUUUUUUUCUCAUAUUUUAUUUGUUUAGAUGUUGGAAUAUUGAAUGUUUGCUACACAAUUAUUCAUUAAACUUGUAUAGAAAUUUAUUUUCUGGUUGAAAGAAUGAAUUCAUUGACAUAAAAUUGUUAGAUAAUGACAGAGAAGUGUUUUAGAUGGAGUGGAAGAAUUGGGCUAAGUUUGUCAAGUAUUUAGAGAUAUGCUUAGUUCAUUUAAGGUCAUGGGAUAAUAGUCUAAGUUCAUUGGUGGUUAAAAAGAUUGCAAUGUUCAUUUGACGUGAGAACAGCCAUAGUUCAGUUUUGGCUAGAGAUGUUCUUUUUAGGAGCAGGGAGUUUAUUGGUUCAUUGGGAUUUUGGAGAUGGCCAAUGUUUAUUUGGUGGAUGAGAGUAAUAAGAAAAGUUCAUUAAGGUGUGAGAGAUGAGGUAUGAGAAGUGUAGAGUUCAUCCUGGGUCUGUGAGAGAUGGCCCAAGUUUAUUUGGGGUAAGACGGUGGGAAGUGUUCAUAUGUUGACCCGAGUUCUCUUAGGUUUUAAGAGAAUUGGGAAGAGUUCAUCUGCAUUUUUUUGAAAUUCUUAAAUUGUGCUUAUUGGCAAACAUGGGUUAUGCAUUUUUAGCACGUCUCUUUGGAAGAAAAAAUCAGGUUAUUAUGAUCACAACGUUGUUGUCGUUACGCAAAAAACUUUAAUGUCGCUCAUUUUUUAAAUAUUUCAGAAUUUAUAAACGUGAAAAUUGGCAUACUUGCUUAUCAUGACAAUGUGCAGUUGAUAGAAAAGGGGUAUAAUACUACUGUAUUUUUGGAGUUAUGCCCCAUUUUAACAUGGAAAUUUUUGUCAAAAUUGGUAAUUGAUAGUCUUUGCCUUUAAUAGAUGAGCGUCAACACUGCAUGUGGUGUUCUUGGGGUGUUUUGUUUUUUAUCUUACAGAAUUAGAGUUCCUAUUAGUCAGUUUAGUAAGUUUUUUUAUGUUUGCAUAAAAUUUUUAAUCCUCGAAUGGUGUCACACCGAGCAUUUAUUUUUAUGCAUGUUCAAUUUACAAUUUUUCAAUGAAGUAGGGAUGGUUAAAUUCAUAAUGUUUUUGUUGGUUUAAUUACCCCCCUAAAAAUGUUUCCAAAUGAUUUUUUUCCCUAUUUGUGCACAUCACCGGCACACCGGGGCAGGGGAUCUUAUCUUGAAAAUCAUGUAUGAAAUAGUUUUAUAAUAUAUACUGAGAGAUUUUUACAGUUCAAAACUUACACCAAUUUUUUACUUUGUUUUGUAAAGACAUGUAUUUAAAGUCCAGUAUUUAAUGCAGCUAUUAUUUAUAAUGGUAUUUAUGUGUAUAACUCACCAAUAUUAUAGAAAAGAAUAAAUGUGUAUACAUGUAUAUGUAAGAUAUGAUUGUCACCUUAGUGCAGCAACGACUUAACUCCUUAAUAUAAUUCAAUAGGAGUUAAACCGUUACUGCACUAAUGUGAAGAAAUUAAUUAAACCAAUGUCAUUAUAAAUAUUUUUACUUUUUUUAUGUAAAUUAAACACCAUAUUUUUAUCGCACUGAAUGAUGCAGUAGAAGAAAAGAGUAAGUUAUGACAAUGAAGUAUUGUUAAUUGACAUGUUCUGUAAAUGGUCGAAACAUCGUAAAUGAUGAAUUGUGGAAAUUUCAUAAAAAUUGUAAAAAAUGAUAUAUAGCAGGGUUUUUAAAAAAGGUAAAAUGAUUUAUUUAAAAAUAUCGAUAAUAGCAAAUUAAUGUAUUUUGCUAUUCAAAAUGGUCAAAUGAUAAGUUUUCAAAAAUGGUGGAAUAAUGUACUUUGGAGUUUUUAGAAUAGUGAAAAUGAUGUACUGCAGUGUUUCAAAAAUAGUCAAAUCUACUGAGAAAUGUUUACAAAUAUUAGAAAAAUGUUUUUUUUAGAUUACGAAGGCAUUGUUGCAACAUUGUCGUAACUUAUUCUUGAAAUUGAAAUGCAUUAGUGACGUAUUUAACCUUGGCAUAUAAGUGCAUUGGAAUAAUUUAUUAUUUUUCCUAUUGGAUACCUUAUUGAAAUAAACUUUUUCUAAAGUUCAAUAAUUUUAAGGUUUUGAUAAAGAUAGGGGAAAAAAGGCAAUACCUUUUCUGCCCAGAUAUACAUGUGCUAAUUUUUCAUUUAUUUAAAUAAACAUUUAAAAAAUAAAGAAGAAUUGAAAAGGGAGGAUGAGACUGAAGCGCUUGAAAUAAUGGCUUAUAGUCUGCAAAUAAUGAAAGAAUUUCGAGUGUGAAAAUCUUUUUUCCUUACUAGCUACCAAGAACAAAUAUUUCUUUACAACUGAUGAUUAUUUGGGAUGGAGUUUUUCAAUUGUCAAUAUGAAGUUUGCUUAAUUGUUAUUUAUUGGGCUCUCUGCAUAAUUUUUAAAGAUCUUGAAAUUAUUUCUCAUAAACAUAAAUGUUAAUUUUUCAUAAAUCUACAUCAAUGUUGACAUUUCAUAGAUCAAUAUAAUUGAUUCUAAAUUAGUCAUAUAUUCGUCACCAAAAUUCAUCUCUUAAUGUUAAAUUCAUUUUCUGUAUGUUUUAUUCAUUAUUCCUUUUUCAAUGUAACAGUAUUUUGCAUGUAAAUUAUUUUCUGUCUGGAAAAAAAAAGUUUUAAAUUUUUAAUUGUAUAUAAAGGAGGAAAUUUUGAGAAAUCAUGAUAGUAAGUGUUCAUUCAAUGUUGGACAUAUUUUCUCAUAUCAUUUGCAUAUUCAUGGGAUAUGUUUUUAAACUUGCACAAUUUUACGGGCAUGAACAUUGUUACUAUGUAGAUUGGAAAAUAUUUGAUUGUACAGAAUAAAAAAAAAACAUUA